GGUUGUGGUGUUGCCAUGUGUGCAGGCGGGGACCAUACCCCAAAACUUUCACAGUGAGAAGAGUAGUGAGUGCAUGUGGAUGCAGCCAGGCUCUCUGGGAUCUUUAUCAAUUUUUGUCCAAGCUCUCUACUUGUACUCUGACCCCAGAGAGGUCCAAAGGUCUGAGCGCAUUAGUCAUUUUUAGGAGCGCGGCGCUGGAGCCUCUUGUACAACUUUAAUUUCACUCCUCCCAAGUGAAGUAACCGCCGUGGUGCAAGUCGCUGUGCACCGCAGAGGCUCUAAAAGUUACUCAACUUGCUCAGAGAAAGAUCGUGUAACAUGUCAGCCACAUGGAUGCUGUCACCCAGAAGCGUAAGGCUUUUAAGCCGAGGUCGAAACGAGUUGUUUGCCGGUAGUAGCGGUGGAGCGCAGCGGCCCGGCGGGGGUCCCAGGGUCCGCUCACUCACCUCUCCCCCUCUGUCGUCCUCCUCUCCCGGCAGAGCCUUAUCCAGUCUGAGUGCGACGCGGCGUGGGCUCCCCAAAGAGAAGAUGUCCGAGAAUGGAGUGUCGUCCCGGGCCAAGGUGCUGACCAUCGACACCAUGAACCCCACGGUGAAGAAGGUGGAGUAUGCCGUGAGGGGCCCCAUCGUGCAGCGGGCUGUGGAGCUGGAGAAAGAGCUCUCUGAGGGAAUGAAGAAGCCCUUUGCUGAAGUCAUCAAGGCCAACAUUGGUGACGCUCAUGCCAUGGGCCAGCAGCCAAUCACUUUCUUCCGACAGGUCUUGGCGCUGUGCUCCUACCCUGAACUGCUGAAUGACAACACAUUCCCAGAGGAUGCUAAAAGUAGAGCACGCCGCAUUCUGCAGUCCUGUGGAGGGAACAGUAUGGGUUCCUACAGUGCCAGUCAGGGCAUAGACUGUGUGCGCGAGGAUGUGGCCCGCUACGUUGAGCGAAGAGAUGGCGGUGUGCCCUGCAACCCAGAUGACAUUUACCUCACCACAGGGGCCAGCGACGGCAUUGUGACCAUGCUGAAGCUGCUAGCGUGUGGCGAGGGUGCGACCCGUACAGGCGUCAUGAUCUCCAUACCUCAGUAUCCGCUAUACUCGGCUGCGCUGGCCGAACUGGGCGCCGUGCAGAUCAACUAUUACCUUAAGGAGGAAAAGUGCUGGAGUCUGGACAUCAGCGAGCUGCAGCGUGCUUUGGAUGAGGCCCGGCGCCACUGCAACCCCCGAGCCCUGUGCAUCAUCAACCCUGGAAACCCCACUGGUCAGGUUCAGAGCAGACAGUGCAUUGAGGAAGUAAUCCGAUUUGCAGCAAAGGAGCGUCUCUUCCUCAUGGCUGAUGAGGUGUACCAGGAUAACGUGUACGCUGAUGGUUGCCAGUUCCACUCUUUUAAGAAGGUUUUGUUUGAGAUGGGGCCAGAGUACUCGAAUACAGUAGAACUGGCAUCAUUCCACUCCACCUCCAAAUGCUACAUGGGAGAGUGUGGUUUCCGCGGAGGCUACAUGGAGAUCAUCAACAUGGACGAGGAGGUGAAGGCCCAGCUGACCAAGCUGGUGUCUGUCCGUCUGUGUCCUCCUGUUCCUGGACAGGCUCUGAUGGACCUAGUGGUCAACCCACCGUUGCCCGGGGAACCCUCGUAUGACAGAUUUAUGAAGGAGCGCACAGCCACCUUAAGUGCCUUAUCCGAGAAGGCCAAGCUUACAGAGAAGGUCCUCAAUACCGUGCAAGGCAUCAGCUGCAAUCCUGUGCAGGGCGCCAUGUACUCCUUCCCUCGCAUAACCAUCCCUGAGAAGGCCGUCAAAGAGGCCACGGACAAAGGUCAGCAGCCAGAUAUGUUUUACUGCAUGAAGAUGCUGGAGGAGACGGGGAUCUGUCUCGUACCUGGAAGUGGCUUCGGCCAGAAGGAUGGGACCUACCACUUCAGAAUGACCAUCCUGCCACCGACAGACAAGCUGAAGAUCCUGCUGAACAAAGUCAAGGAGUUCCACCAGAAGUUCACACAGCAAUAUUCAUAAGUUGCCAAACUUGUGCCUCUAUUUCACAAACGGGGAGGAACCCACCGACCACAACCAAACAAACUCAGCCAAUCAGAAUUUAUCUGUCGCUAAUAAGUGCCUUUCCUACGGUCGCUCAGGUGGUCUCUGUGAUGACACACUUCAGCCUCCACAGCUAUCUCAUUUGGACUUUCAGACAGUGUCCAAGGCACUGUUUUCUGUUAGAAAGCAAAACUAGAAAUGAAGGAAUUGUUAAGUUUGUUAUGAAAAAAUAUGGUUUCAGCUCAGAGGGAUAUAUACACACACACACACACACACACACACACACUGUAGGUCUGUGUAUUUGUGAGUGAUAGGCUGUUUAUGUGAAUACCAAGCUGAAAUAAAGCAAGGUACAACUGAAGGAAAAGGUGAUGCUGCUUAAAACUUUUAGUGCGCGUACAACUGGAUAAAUAUUCCAUUCCUGCAGGCGGUACCUGACAGGGAGAAUACGCAGAGAAGUCUCCAUUUGCAUGAUGAUUCAGAGAUGAUUUUGUCGAAUCAGAAUAAAUGUAACAGUCGAUAUUUUGUCUUGUUAUUUUUCGACAGAGCUGUCAGAUAUGUUUAGAGUUUAUAUACAGACAAAGAGGUCUUUUUCCUUCUGUCAACACUUGUGGAAAACUUAAGGCAGUGGUUGUGGUUCCUCUCAAUGCCUCACGGUCUCAUUGAUGUCACAACAUGUUACAAAUGCAUUAAGCACUAAGAGUUUAGUCUGAUAUUUGAUAAGACAACUGAUAUUUUCCCCUUUUUAACCUCAGUUUUCAUUCUGAAAUGCAACAUGAACAUUUGGUGAUUUGUCAGUUCCAUCUCUGUGUGAGGCCAAAGAAGUAUAUUUCACUUACAAAAUGGAGGGUAAAAAUAAAGUGAGAAUAUGUAAUGUUUGACGGGAGAGAAAAAAAUCCUCUGACAAAUGAAAAGUUUAAUUCAUGAGUAAUAAAAUGCACCUUUGCUCAACUCAUUACA